AUUAAACUAUUAUUAUUAAACUUUUUUAUCGCCGUAAUUAUUAGAUCCCUCCUAAUUUUACUAUCAACACUAUUUUCAAAGAAAACAAUUUUAGACCGAGAGAAAGUAUCCCCAUUUGAAUGUGGAUUUGAUCCUAAAAACACCUCUCGGAUCCCAUUUUCAAUUCGGUUUUUUUUAAUUGCUAUUGUAUUUUUAAUUUUUGAUAUCGAAAUUUCAAUUUUAUUACCUUUAGGAUUAAUUACAAAUUCUAUUCCUCCUAUCCUCUGAAUAACAGCAGGUGGAUUAUUUUUGCUGUUAGUAACAUUAGGAUUGUACUAUGAAUGAAAAGAAAAUACUUUGGAGUGGAUUACUU